UGCUGCGCUAAAUGUACGGAAGCACCUCUUGCAGGCUGCUGUGGUUUGCCCUAAGCUAAACCAGCAAGGCAGACACCCCUAAACACUACCGAGAAGUCGGUGCUAGCUAGCUAGCUUAAACAGCCAGUCUGUACAUAGAAAAGGUAGCAUAUGGCAUGUAAUUUGGAUGGCUAAAAUCCCUGUAGUGAUUGUCUAACUUGCUGUAGACAACACAUCUGGGAAACCUUAAAGCUACCUCUUCCAGUGUCUCGUACUCCCUCUUAUUUCGUCAAGAUGUCAGCUUUCUCUGAAGCGGCUUUAGAGAAGAAACUGUCCGAGCUUAGCAACUCACAGCAAAGUGUGCAGACGUUGUCGUUAUGGCUCAUUCAUCAUAGAAAACACUCGAAGACCAUUGUUAAUGUUUGGUUCAACGAACUGAAAAAAGCUCAGGUAUCACGCAAGUUGACCUUCCUUUACUUGGCCAAUGACGUCAUACAGAACAGCAAGAAGAAAGGUCCAGAAUUCACCCAGGACUUUGCACCCGUCAUCGUUGAUGCAUUCAAGCAUGUAUACAGAGAUGGCGAGGAGGGCUGUAAGAAACAGUUGGGUCGGGUUUUAUCCAUCUGGCAGGAGAGAGCUGUGUACGAGAACAAGCUGCUGGAUCAGCUCUCACAAGUCCUAGAUGGAGAAAAGAAGGCUAAGAAGAGGUCAUAUGAGGAGAUCCAACCAGAUGAUGAGGACUUUGCUUCCCAGAGCUCACCAGCCGAGCCCCCACAGACUGCAGAGUUAAUCCGAGCUCUGCAGGAACUGGAAAAUGCAGCCUCUGGAGACUCAGUGCUGCGUCAGCGCAUCUCCUCCCUUCCUGCCGAGGUGCAAGACACGUCACUGCUUCACAGGAUCACAGAUAAGGAAUCAGGAGAGCGGCUUUCCCGACUGGUGGAGGAGGCCUGCAUGCUGCUAGCAGACUACAGCGGCCGCUUGGCAGCAGAGAUUGACGAUAGGAGGCAGCUCACACGCACAUUAACUAUCUUCCUGCAAAGUCAGAAGGACGGUCUGGCCCAGAAUGAGCAGAAACUCGAAAUGAAAUGAGAGUAAAGCAAGUUGCAAGUUAGUCAUGAGCCUGAGGAAUACAAACGCAAGCUGGCAAGAGUGACUCAGGUCCGGAAGGAGCUACGUUCACGUCUAAACAAUCUCCCAGGAGGUCUCUACAACUCUUCAAACUGAAGUUUCACCCCCUGACUGGACCUUACCUUCCUGCUACUGAAACAUCUCAACCCAUCUCUUAGAUAUUUCAUCCAUGACAUUGCCAUACUUGAUUUUGGAAAGUAUUUGUGUCCCCUGUAUGGUGACCUGUGGUUCUUGUUCUGUCCUCCACAAUGCUUUUAUCAACAAAAAUGUCUUUUUUUUUUCCUGUUUAUGAGCUCACCUCAAUGUGCUGUAUGCCGUCAGUACGUUAUAUACAAAGAUUUAUAAUAAUCAGACACAGACCUCUAAUGCUUUGGCCCCAGCCCAUUUCACUUUUACAGCUUUAAAGUGUGUGGGUGAUGCUGGUGUGAUAUUUUUGUAUUUAUAGUGAGUUAAGAAAAUGCACCAGACUGUAUCCCCUUAGUAUGAUCAUUCAUAAGAAUUUUUGUUAAUUUGGAUUGUUGCUGGAACUUUAUUUUACUGUUGUUGUAAAUGCAUCUGUCUAACUCUUGGUUA